AUGAGGAUAGCUUUAAUUCUAGUGACUCUCGUGUUCGAGAUAAAUUUAUACUUUACAGAAAGCAAAGCAAUGCAGCAGCAGCAGCAGCAGCAGCAACAGCAACAGCAACAACAGAAGAAGACAAAUGGUGAUAAUGCUCUUGUCUCGGCAAAUGAGAAUAAUAAACCCGCUGAACAAGUAGUUGGAGCUCGAGCACGUGAAAUAGUCGCACAGAAAGGUGGAACUGCAACAUUACCGUGUAAAUUUAGUGAACCUGGAGCGGGAAUUGUGACGUGGGUAAGAAGGAGAGAUAGACAAUUGCUGACUGUAGGAACGGCAACACAUUCUGUGGAUACCAGAUUUAUGAUUAGAGUAUCCAGCGCUGACUGGGCACUUGUUAUUCGUCAUGUAACACUCGAUGAUGCGGGUCUUUACGAGUGUCAGAUUGCAACGUAUCCAGUAGAGCAACACUUUGUACGUCUGGCAGUAACAGAAGCCUACUCGGUGAUCCCGGGCGGUCCGGAUCUCCAUGUUAAACAGGGCUCGAGUUUGAAACUAGAGUGCCAGCUGAUGGCAGCCACCGAGCCACCCAAUUUCGUAUUUUGGUAUCUGCAAGGCCGAAUGAUUAAUUACGAUGCGGAUCCUUUGGUUAAAGUUGAGCUAACUGAGAAUGGAUCUAUUCUCAAGGUUGAUAAAAUAAAAACGACUCACGGUGGAAAUUAUACCUGUUUACCCAGCAAUGCUGAAGCAUCUUCCGUAAAUAUUCACGUUAUAGAAGAAGAAGAAAAACCAGCUGCCAUGCACGGUGGUGACAGACGGAACCCGAGCCCAGUGAUACUUGCAAGUAACUUUCUGGCUUCGUUGUUGGCCACCGUCAGCUGGAGGAUACCAACAUUCUCCAGUCUCUAUCCAACGUGA